GAAGUGACGUAUACAGAUUUCCGCCGCAGUCAAGGGCAUCCAAAACUAACGCUAGCCUGUUAACCGUGCUGCUGUAGCCGUCCGUCCACACGUGUAUUUAAAGAAGACAGAUAAACGCUACAGCUUUCGGUAACGACUCCGGUAGAUAAUGGACGGGUUCGGUUCAGACUUCUCGGCUGGUGGAGGUGGAUCCGGUGGUAAAGUAGACACCGGGACGAUCAUGGAGCAGGUGAAGGUCCAGAUCGCGGUGGCUAACGCUCAGGAGCUGCUGCAGAGAAUGACAGACAAAUGCUUUAAGAAGUGCAUAGGUAAACCUGGAAGCACGCUGGACAACUCAGAGCAGAAAUGUAUUGCCAUGUGUAUGGACCGAUAUAUGGAUGCCUGGAACACCGUGUCCCGAACGUACAACUCCAGAUUACAGAGGGAAAGAGCUCGCAUGUGAACACCCCUUGUCACCCUUCCCUUCCUCGGGCUGCUGCUUUACAGCGAAGAGGAGCACAGUGUUUCCACUGGAGGCCAGGUGCUGUGCACAGCAGCAGCACACCAUCAUCAUCAUCAUCACAAUACCUCACAGAGCCUGUGGACUCUGGCCAUAACAAUGUCUCUGUGGACAUUUUGAUUUUGCUCUGAGGAACAGUUCAGUUACAAAGUUUAAUUAUUUGUGUUUUUGUGUCAUUAUGAAUAAUUAAUCUUCUGGUUAACAAGUAAUCAUGCAUUAUAAAAAGCUGUGAUUUACACCUGUGUGUGUUAAGACAUAUAAGUGAGGAGAAUUGGAAACUCUAAAUUGUCUGUUGGAGUGAACAUAAGUGUGAAUGUGUCUGUAAGUGCGUGCUAGCCCUGUGACUGACUGGCAACCUGUCCAAAGUGUACCCCAUAUCUUGAGCAGUGCAUGCUGGGAAAUGUUUCAACCCUGUGUGAAUAGGAUAAGCAGUUUAAAAAUAAAAGUACUGUUGCAAUGUGACAGUCUUGCAUCAGUCAACUGCAGCACUACAGCUUUUGUUUUUUGGAGUAAUUCUAACAGUAUGUGUUUAUACCUGUUCUUUUCAUUGUGUUGAUGCUCAGAGAGAGACUAAAUAUUUGUGCCUAGAAAACAAGCCGCACAACUGGAGCCCUUAAGGGACAACACUGACUUUCCUUAACAAGCUUUUACUCUAAAAGACCUACUUACACAAUCAAAAGGAAGACUUAAGGACCGACUUGGUGUUUUCACAACCGUGAACCUGACAUUCACAAGCCUCCAAACAGUCCGAUAUCAAAGUACGCCUGGAGAACAAAACUGUUUUGUCUGACCUGUUUUCUAGUUGUCACUCUAUCUGCCGCCCUCCACAGUAGUGGGUUUGUUUCAGCAGGGUCUGCCUCGCUGUACGGGGGGUACUGAACCUUUCUCAGCUGUAUGUACACGGCUUGUCAGAUGUCUGGAAAUCCUUUUUUUCCUACCCAGCUGAGUUUAUGUAGGGAAGUGAGAGCCACAAAAGCUUGUGAACAUUAUUUGCAGUGUGAUUGUGAGCAAAUGGAAUGAUCAUUAUGAAAAAUCAAUAAAUCUUGUUAAUCAGA